AUAAACUAUGAGUAAAGCUGGGGAUAUCGAAGAUGGUGAAAAUAGAGGGAUUGAUGAGAUGAAUGCACCAUUACUAAAGCAAGGAAAGACGGUUGCUUCUGGACAAGACGAUAAGCUUGAUGGAAGCGACAAUGGAGGAUCACUCGGGAUGGUUUUGCUUAGUACAUUUGUCGCAGUGUGUGGCUCUUUUGAGUUUGGAUCAUGUGUGGGAUUUUCAGCACCAACCCAAUCUGGAAUCAGGGGAGAUCUUGGGCUCUCUUUGUCUCAGUAUUCCAUGUUCGGUUCCAUACUAACAAUCGGGGCAAUGAUUGGUGCAAUCACAAGUGGUCGCAUUGCCGACUUUAUUGGGCGAAAAGGGGCGAUGAGAAUGUCAGCUGCAUUCUGCAUUAUAGGAUGGCUUUCUAUCUAUAUCGCUAAGGGAGUUUUCUUGCUUGACGUCGGAAGGGUCUUUACAGGAUAUGGAAUUGGAGUUUUCUCCUACGUGAUACCUGUGUUCAUAGCUGAAAUAGCACCAAAGAAUCUUCGUGGAGGACUAACGACAGCUAAUCAGCUCAUGAUCGUUAUUGGAGCAUCAACUGCCUUCCUAAUGGGUACAGUUGUAACAUGGAGAAUGCUUGCUCUUACAGGACUACUUCCCUGUGUUAUCCUGCUCGCGGGUCUAACAUUCAUUCCAGAGUCUCCAAGAUGGCUGGCAAAGGUAGGCCGACAAAAAGAGUUUGAAGUGGCACUACAGAGGCUUCGAGGAAGGGAUGCAGAUAUUUCUCAUGAAUCUGCAGAAAUUCAGGACUACAUUGAAGACAUUAAACACCUACCUAAAGCUAAGAUGGCGGACUUGUUUCAGAGAAAAUAUAUUCGUCCACUCAUUAUUGGAGUUGGGCUUAUGGUAUGUCAGCAAUUUGGAGGGAUUAAUGGGAUUGGGUUCUACGCCAGCGAAACUUUUGCAUUAGCUGGACUUUCAGGCAAAGUCGGGACAGUAGCCUGGGCCUCGAUCCAGGUACCAAUUACAAUAUUGGGUGCAAUCUUAAUGGAUAAAUCAGGAAGAAGGCCUCUUAUGAUGGUGUCUGCGACGGGAACCUUCCUUGGAUGCUCACUUGCUGGACUCUCUUUCUAUCUUAAGACCCAUCAGAUGUUAUUGAACUGGGUUCCCCUACUAGCACUUGCUGGAGUAUUGAUAUACAUAGCGGCCUUCUCAAUUGGAACCGGACCAGUGCCUUGGGUUAUUAUGUCUGAGAUUUUCCCAAUAAAUGUAAAGGGUGUGGCAGGAAGCUUAGUAACUCUUGUGAACUGGUUUGGUGCUUGGGCUGUUUCUUACACUUUCAAUUUUCUAAUUAGCUGGAGUGCCUCAGGUACAUUCUUCCUGUAUUCUGGAGUAUGUGCAAUGACUGUUCUAUUUGUGGCUAAGAUGGUGCCAGAAACCAAAGGAAGAACCCUAGAAGAAAUUCAAGCAUCCAUAAAUGCGUAAACGAAGAAGAACAAAACCACAAUGGAUAUACAGUUUUUGGCUAAAUUUUGUUUGUAUUAGUGUAUCUUUUCUAUUUCUAGAAUAUGUAAACAACAACAAGAGUAAUUUUCAUUCAUUUUGAUUGCAUUCUAUUAGUACUGGUUAUACUGAGUUGUGUGAUGCAAUGAUGUAGUUUGAUAAACAUAAACAACAUUGGAUUUGAAACAACUAAAAAACUUAAGGCAGUCGUGUUUACUGUUUGAUAAUAUGAAA